AUGGCAUCACCAUCAUCUUCAUCAAAUACUCCAACAAUUUUUAUUACAUUGUCCGAUUGGAUCGACACCAACUCACUAACUGGACCAUUUACAAUGGAAUACACAAGACAUGAAUUUGAUGAUAAGGAUCCAAAGAAGAUGGGUAACGUCUACGAUCAAAUUCGAUUUCACGUUGACAACAUUCCAUCUGAACACGAACUUGAUCUGAAAAAAGCUAAAUGCAAACGUGAUUAUCGAUUAGCAUUAGCGAUCUGGGACGCAAAUAAUGUCACAUUAAUUUCAUAUGAACCAAUAGUGUUAUCAGAACAUGGAUUAAUUGAAAAAGAUAAGCCAAAAGAACAAAACUCAUUUCAUAUGAAAGAGCUAGAAAUUGUUCGUCGACCCAGAAAACGUUCUCCCGUCGACUUCUGA